UAUAAGAAGAGGCGCCCAGCUGACGCCGAGAGUCAUGAAAUAUAUCACAGGCUAAAAUAUCAAAUCUAAAUCCUCUCAGAAGUAGGGAUUUUAGGAUCUCCUGUGGGAUCGUAAGAUCUGGUUUAUCAUUUUCUCCUUAUGAGAUAGCCCAAAUUAUCUUGAUCAGUUUCUUCUUAAUUAUCUUGAUCAUUUUCUUCUUUCUUCCUUUGAGUUGAAGUUUUUAGUUUUCAAAUCUUUUCCCUUCGUCUUCUGCAACUUUUAUAGAGAAAAUCUGUAAGGAUUUUUCCUCCGUUUAAAGGAAAUUUCAUCAGGGUGGUAAGCAAUGGAGGCAAUUUUUAAAAAGUCCUCUGCUCACCAUCAAUCAAUGUCUCCUAACAAGCAAAUCAAGAACCAAUCAAAGAAAAACACUCGAGGUCACGUUUCAAGAUCCACUGAAAACUUGGUUCCCACAAACAACAACAUCCGUGGAGGUGGUGGUAUCUUGUUUGCUCCUCCUCAUUCUCUCUCCUUCUCCUACCCUCCUUCUUCUUUUUCAUUCUCAGUACCGCAUCCACAUCAACAGAUUCAAAAACAAUCACAACCACCUCUUCUUCCUCUUCCAAUCUCCAGACCCCACAAUUCUUUUCCUUCUUCUCAAACCCGAGACCUCUCUUGCCCACCAACUACUAGAAAAACAAAUCGAACCAGAGAUCACUCUCUCACACCUAAGAAAUCUAAACAGGCCAUACCCAGAAGAGAAGAGCCCAGGAAAGAUACGAAACCAACUGAAACUGUUCCAGUAUCGGCCAAGUCUUUUAUCAUUGCGUCGACUGUCCCAUUAGGACCCGACCCUAACGAUCUACCAAAAGAUGUUUCUAAGGUUUUAUCAUCAUCAUCAUCGCCAUCGUCUUCAUUAAUAGCAGGUAAUGGUGUUGUUCCUAUUGGCAUCACAGAUUUGGACACUUUGUCAUGUUCUUUGUUUGCACUAUCUCCACACCCGAGCAGUUUACCGUUGCCAAAGUUUUUUAUGAGGCCAAAACUCAGUUGCAAUGCAGAAGCCGCUGGGAUCAACGCCGGAGCGACAGAUAAUCUCCGGCGACUUUUACGUCUCCGGUGAAGUAAAGUUAUAUUGGGUUAGAAUUAAAAUAUUCAUGAAUACUGUGUGACUGGUGAGGAAGGUUGGUUGGUUGGGUUUUGGCUGUUUGUGAAUCACCACCAGCGUUUUUUGAAUUGGGGGUGCACAGCCAAAGCCAGGGGCAAGGCUACCAUGUCUCUCUUUCUUCUUCUUUUUUCCCUUUAUCGUUUUGAUUUUAAACAUACUCCUCUUUCGUCCUAUGAAUAGUAAUUUUCUUUUCCUUUUA